UAAAAAGUUAAAAAUACCUAGCAUUAAGCCAAACAGAGAAACUGGAAUAAGCCAAUCCCAUUCCUUAAUCUGGAUUGAUUUUAUUUUCUGCUUGUUCACUUUGCUUCAGCAGCCAAGAAAUCGUAUCGAGGAGGAUAAACCCUUGUCCUCACAGAAACAGAUGGGAACGGUAGAAGCAGAAGAUGAUACUGUUUGCUUGGACGAAUCUUUCUUCAUCAACGACGACUAUCAGCUCACUACAUUUACGUUCGGGUCGCAAGUUAUUCAGCUCCUUUGUCUCCAAUCAGCUUCAACUGAUUUUGAUCUGACAGGGCAGUUGGUUUGGCCUGGUGCCAUGCUGUUGAAUGAUUAUAUUUCAAAGAACACAAAGAUGUUUCGUGGAUGUUCGGUUAUUGAGUUAGGCUCCGGUGUUGGUGUCACUGGAAUUCUCAGCAGCAGAUUUUGCUGUGAAGUUGUUUUGACUGAUCAUAAUGAAGAAGUAAUCAAGAUCCUCAAGAAAAAUAUUGAGCUCCAAUCAUCUUCUGAGUAUUCUAAGUCUUGUGCUGGAUUGGAAGUUGAGAGGCUAGAAUGGGGAAACUCAGAUCACAUCAACCAAAUUUUACAAAAGCACCCAAGGGGAUUUGAUCUGGUUCUUGGGGCUGACAUAUGCUUCCAACAAUCCAGUGUUCCUUUGCUUUUUGGUACUGUGGGAGAGCUUCUCCGCACCCGGGGACAAGGUCAAUGCAAAUUCAUACUAGCCUAUGUAUCUCGAGCUAAGAUGAUGGAUGUGAAGGUUCUUGAUGAAGCUGUUCGGCACGGAAUGCGGGUAAAUGAGGUGCCUGGGACCCGAUCUGUUGUUGGAAAUCUUGAAGGGGUUAUUUUUGAGAUCACUCUUCAAUAGGAGUAUCAAAUAUUUUCUGCCCAUCCAUUAGGAGCUUUAGCUUAUAGUGAAGAGCAAUAGAACCUUGUGAGUUCAUGGCAGAUGAUUGAUCUCCUUCUGACGACAGAGUGGCCGAACGUAAGAUGCAGUACUGGAAAGACCGGGUUCAAAGCUGAGGAUGCAUUUAGAACAAAUAGGCAAGAAUGGCUUCUGUGGUGUUUGGAGUUUGAUAUGCAAUUGCCCCGGUGAUUGCCCGUAUCAGUUUUGUUCUGCAAGUACAUUGUUUAGUGAUUUGGAAGAAAGGCAAGUCUAAGGAUGCCUGAAUUACAUUUUAGUCUCUUAUUCUUGGUUAUACUAACUUCACUUUAUUAUCUUGAUGUUGUAUGGAAAUUUGAGAGAUGACCCAUUCAUCAUUUUAUACAAGAUGUGCUAUUCUUC